AUGGGAAAUUAUCUUCCAAAAUCAGGUCAAUCCUUGGAGUCCUGCUCGAUUUCCGAUUUCCAACGAGCGUUACAAUGCAUGGGAGGAUCGCAUUACCACGAGACGUACAGUCCCUUAUUAUUGGUAUUGUCGACCAAGAAGAUGGAAGGGGAAUUGGAAGCCUUGUUGCAAGGGGCGUUGAAACGACCCGCGCUCUUUGCGGAUUUGUUUCAGCGAAUUGGCAUCGACAACGCGUUGCAUCGAAUGAUCCUGGAGAACCAACUCCGAACCCAUCACCAAGCCAUGCUCGACAACAACAACAACAACAUGAGCCAUGCCGACGACGACAACACACCUCAAGAUCUGGUCGAUAUAAUGGCAGCCAUUGGCGCCGAAUGGAAUGACGCCAGUACGUUUACAAUCUACUCCCAGGCCGUCCAAGAACAUUGCCUCACGGUGGGGUGUUUGGGCAAGAUUCGAAAACUCGAACAAUGGACUGUCGUCUUUGAAGGAUUGGGUUGUCGCAACAUACUGCACCAGAACGUUCUCUACAAUCGAAUCAUGGAUGUCGCCAACGAACGCAAUCCAAAACGAAACAACAAGAAACGAAAGCUGCCGCCUCCUGUCGUGGCCGAGCAAGACGAUACUCCUGCCACUAUUAUGAACAGCAUGCAGCCCAAAUCAUCACCCAAACGUUCUCUCACUCGAUCAUGUUUGGGAAUGAAACAAUCAUCCACAAGGGGCAAGAAGCAUGCGUCUUGGGCCACCGUACAGUAG